AUGAGUGACGAAGAAAUCAAAUCAUACGGCGAAAAGCACGCCCACCAUGGCACACUCGGCGAACAUAUGCAUGGCCGCCAACUCGGCGCAGACCCAGAGGUCCACGAUCUGGUGGUUGGCGACCAGAACGAGCUUCACCGAGAGCUGAAGGGCAGACACAUGCAGAUGAUUGCCAUGUAA